UGAAGACCGCGACACCUUGGGCCCUUGGUGGAGGGAUCCCGAGCACACAUAUUUUCGAUAACUGACCUGUCGAACUAGUACUAGCACGAAUUUCCAUGGCUGUUAACAAGAGCUCACCAAGUCGGCGCAAUUCAAUCUCGGUGUCUGGCCACAACAGGGCUCAUCCCGGUCACAGACGACGCGCUCAUUCCAUCGCCCCAGGCGACCAUCUCAGUCCUACGGCCAGAGCACGCCGUUCAUUGGCUCCACGGAAGAGUAUCCUCAAAGUGAAUGCCACGGACGAUGGAGAGGACAGAACGCAGGCAAUGGACAUGACAGGCGUCGUUCGUUUUGAGACAGAUGGCUCGCGAAAGUCCCUUGGAAGGCGUGUCAGCUUCGCCAACCACGCCCACGUCCGUUUGUUCGAAGUGCCGGAGCAAAACACCAACAGCACCGCGUCUCCUCAUGGAGGGGCGAACGACGAAAAUGCAUAUCCUGGCGCUUCAAGUUUUCGUCGCAACAGUUCGAUUCGGAGGUCAGCAAUUUUUAGCGAGGGCGGCGGUGAGGAGUCGAUGGAGAUGGACUCGGACGACACGGGUUAUUCUCCAGGCGCAUUUUUCAGGGCGUCGAACGCGCAAGAAGGUGUUAAUGACAUGCCUGACUUUGGAUUUGAAGACGAAGGAGACUAUGACGACGCUGCUGACAUGGACGUGACGGAGGCUAUAUCCCACAAUAUCGUACGCAAACGCUCCCUCUCGCUAGGUGGACCUCGACAACCUCUUGGGAACCUCACUGUUCCCCGAGCUUCACUCGAUAAUCAAAGCGGAGACGGGGAGGGUCAAGAGAAGGACCAGUCCUUUGUGGAGGAAGACUCGGGCCAGUCGCACUCCCUUGGCUCUGAAGGCGAUACUUCCCAACCCAUGGAGUUUACAGUUCCACUCGUCCGCCCAGCAAAGCCACCAAGUGAAGCGUGGCUGGCUCUUCGUGCUGUUACCCACUCGGGCAAUACACCCUUUAUCCCAUCAUCAGACGACGAGGAGAACGGAGGAAAUGGGGGGGUACAAGAAAUGGAUUUGAAUGACGCUGUCUCGAGGUUGCAGGCUGCCCGUGCUUCUUUAGGCCUCGGAAACUCAAACGAAGAAGACGUUCAGCCAGACAGUUUUACCAGCACGGAGGACAGCUUUGCGGAGGAGAACAGUAGAAAUGAUGACGACGAAGGGAAUCAAACCGUCAACGUUACUCAGCUUAUACGGCGAAUAAGCCUUGUCCCAAGCACUGGCGAUUCAACCAUGGACGUUACUUCUGUAUACGGUGAGCAACGACAAGAAGGCUCUCCUGAGGUGCCAUCAACAACACCGGCUACCGAAUCGUUAAAAGUUCCGCAACAGACCAACCCGGUUACAGGGAAACCGUCAUUCCCGACUCCUGCAGGUAGUGAAGGCGAACUGCCUGCAAUAGCGGAACCCCAGAAUAUUACUGUUGCACCGCAAAAAUUCAGCUUUAUUCCACGCCCACGAACUCCUGCGACAACCGCACGACCACCGUCUCCUUCCAAAGCCAACUCACUUCCGCCUUCACCUAAGAAAUUCAGUGCGAAUUUCGCUCCUCCUGUUUCCCGCCCGGUUCCCGAAAAGCGCUCCGCUGCUGCUGCCCAUAUUCCUGACGGUCGGUCGAGCCCAGCCAAGAAACCCUCGGGUCCCGAGAAGUUGACCGCAGGUUUGACUCGUCAUGAAUUGCCGCGGCCUCCGAACGCUCCUUCUAGACUAUCACCCACCAAGAUAGCACCGCCCCAAGCUGGGCAGGGGACACAAUCCGAGGCUGGUCCAAGCAAACGUGCACCACUUGGUCUACGAAGGCCCUCAGGAUACCUUGCCCAGCGGAAAAGUUUCGGCGAAGUGGUCACUCCUCUUUCCACUGGUGACGCUAGUCAGUCAAGUCGACCAUCCUCCCCAGGUAAACAGGCCAUGGGAGCCAGGAGGAAGAGCAUCGCCGUAACUAGAGAUGCAGAAGGAGUACUCCCCCGAUUCAACGUUUCUGCAGAGAAAGACAGAGCGGGAAAGGACCGUGUCAUGGACGAUACAGCGGAGUCAGCUGAGCAGACGGAAACACAGCUCUCGGAAGCUGCACUUCCCCCCCAGCUGCAUGAAGUGUCGAUGGUCAUUGAAUCCUCUCAUGAUGACCAAUUACCUGAGCCAAAUCCGCUUCCGCCUUCUCAGCAGAACCCUGUCGAAGACUCUAUGCUCGAUGUAGCCCAGGAUGGGGGUGACGGUAGCGAUGACGAAGGCCCGAACAAUUCGCUGCCAAUUGGUGAGCCAACAACUGAAGCAACCGAGCAAUGGCGAGAGGACGUCCAACAAGCGAGCAGUGAAGAGGAAGAAGGUCCGCCUAUUUCGAUUCAACAAUUCUUUGAGAUGACGGGCAUUCGAUUUAUGGAUGAGAUUACUGCACCUCGCCGACAAAGUAUCCAUCCCUCUACCCUUCGUCCUUCACGGCGAGCAUCAGUCGAUGGACAAAUACCUCUAGCAGAAUAUAUGGUGGCCAUGGCAGUGGACGUGCCACAACUCGAGCUCUAUACCCAUGUAAGCAAGGAUCUCCAAGCGUGGAUCGAACGCAUCCAAUCUAUAUACCGAGAGGCUGAGGAAGAAGCGCUCGAGAUGACGCCGCAGCUUUUCCAAGAGUUCAUCUCCGCGGACGAGACUGGACAGGCGGAGCUGAUCCACCAGUUAAAGUUGAUUAAGGUCCAUAACCACGAACAGGCGAAGUCAGAGUGGUACGAUUGGAAAUUGCAGUGGGUCGAACAGUUGGAUCAGAAGGCUAGCAAGGGCUUUGAGCAUUUGGAGAAGGAUGCUAAAUUUCUCGAGGGAGUUAUUCAUGAGGCCCAAAGUAUCCUUCCUGGCUUGCAGCAGGAACACGAUCAACUCGUGGAAGAGCUGGAGAAGGAGACAACAGAAAUUGUAGAGUUAGAAGCCUGCGAUCAAGAUUAUCUGAAGGAACUCAAGGCGAGCAUAUCUGAACAGGGUACGGAACUUGACAAUUACCGUCGGGAAGUCGAGGAAGCCAAGGCGAAGCUUAGUCGUAUCGAAGAAAAGCUCAAGGAGGUCCAAACGGAGAAGGCUGAAGUUUCCGCAUCGAUUGAGAAGACUGAGCGACUCAUCGAUGUACAGAAGAACAGUACUCAUGUAGAAGUUUUCCGACUUAAGGGUGAACUGGAGACGCUGCAACGGUUGCACAUGGUGGAGAUAACCAAAGUUGAAGAUGAUCUCUUCAAAUUUGCUUAUGCAUCCACUUACGAAGUGUCUACGACCUGUGUUCGAUGUCGUCCUGUGGUUGGAACUGUCCAAAUUCAGAAGUUCCCGGAUGCCAAGAGGACGGAAGUUUUCCCAGUGUUCUGUAGUGUCGUCUUGCGAAUGGCGAAAGAACUCGUCAAUCGACCAGAGGUGAGCAAUAGCCUUCGCAAGAUUGUCGAGUUCGUCGGAACGUAUUGGUCCUGUUGUUCUCGACUGCAAUUACAAUUUAGAUUGGUUGCCAUCAAGUUCUAUAUCACUUUUAAAGAGAACCCCUCAGGUUUUUCUGUCGACGUUUCGAUCUUAUACCCUAGUGUCAAAGCCAAGGCGAUAGUGUCUUUUAUAUUCGAUGUUGCAACCUUUUCUACGUGGCCGUGCCACAUACAGUCAAUGAAGCACGAUGUUAGGGUCAUAUAUGGGCAGAUACAGCGAGAUGUUAUCCUUCAAGCUGUGGGUUCCCGGCUCAAAGAUGUGACCCCUACUAAUAACCAUGGGUGUCUACUGGACGCAUGUAUGGAAGCAGCGGAAUGUAUUGUAUAAAAUUUCAUAUAACAACCUAGCGGGACAUUCCAUUUGGGAAUGGAAUACUCUACGAUUCAUG